CCUGUUAAAUAGUCCCGGCCAUUCAGCGCUUCCGCCUAACUUGCCGCAAAGUUUUUCUAGAGAAGUCAGUCGUUUUACUCAGCGUUUUUGUUGCCACUAGAGCAGGCCUUUCGAUCUUUAGCUUGGCUUUGUUUUAAAUUUGGGCGUUUUGAAGUCUCCACGCCCACAGCCUAGCAGUUGGGUGGGACCGCGACGACAGUGUGCAUCCGCGUAUCCGAGGGGCAGCGGAACCCGGGAGGAAGGGGCGGAUAGGGCGCGGUGUUUGGGGCGAAGUGGGGCGCGCGGCGCUCGAAGCACCCUGCCGCAGGUUCCGCGGCUGCUGGAGCCAGCAUGGGCACUUUUCACGCCGCACCCCUCGAGCUGUAGAUAUCAUCUCUUUUGAUCACUGUUCCUGAUUGUGACAUUGUCCAAGCAUUAAAUUGUGCCUUUUACUCCUUGAAGAAAGAGCUGAUGCUAGCAACUGCCUGCCCUUUCUAGCUUCCAGACCCAGCUCAAAGCUCUGGAUUGAUUCCUUUUCUUCUUAUAUCUUAGCCUGAGCCACCAUCACCCAAAGGGCUCCAUCCCGAUGUUCUACUCAAUCCUUGCUUUCUCUCCCAAGACUGCAUCGGGUGACAAAGACGACCGUGGCGGUCUUUCCCGCACAAAGACAAAUGUGGCCAUCUUUUACGAAAUGGUGGAACAGAUUAAGUUCAUGAACCGAGGUGAAUUGACGUGUGCAAAAUCCUGGUUAUUCUGAAGAUGCCUCUGCAGAAUAUUGCUUCCUGUUUAAAUUACAGAUAACAUCAAGAGUUUUCGGAGCAAGAGAAACUGGGAUUUUUUUUUAUUAAAUCAUGCCUUCUGAACAGAACAAGUCAUUUUGUGAUGAAAAAGAAACUACUUUAAAAAUGGGAUGUAAUAUGAAAAAUCUGGUAGUUGAUACUAUGAGAUCAGUACCUAAACCAAAAAUUUCACAAAGUAGUUUUCAUUAUAAACUUAAAAAUGUGAAAAUCGACUUGCCGAAGGUAAAUAUUCCAAAUGAAGUCCUAAUGAAACACGAAGUUAACAAAUAUAGAAAAUUAUUUUGUAGCAAACCACAGACUGCAAGAAAAUCUAUCAGUAUAAAGUCGAUAAGCCGUGCAGAAGAGUGUAUAUUGCUUCAUAAGUCUGAGAGAACAGAAGAAGAGGGUAUAAAAAUGUCUGCAAAAAUACUCAAUUUCAGCUGUUUAAAAUGUGGAGAUAGCACUCGUUAUAGCCCCAAUGAUUUGCAGAAACAUUUUGAAAUGUGGCACCAUGGUGAAUUACCUUCAUAUCCCUGUGAAAUGUGCAGUUUUUCCGCAAAUGACUUCCAGAUAUUUAAACAACACCGCCAAACCCACAGAAGCACUUUAGUAAAAUGUGACAUUUGUAACAGUGAGUGUGUGUAUACUUUAUUGGACUUGACGAAACAUUUCAUAUCCACACACUGUGUUAAUGGUAAUUUCCAAUGUGAAAAGUGCAUAUUCUCCACCCAGGAUGUUGGCACAUUCGUUCAGCACAUUCACAGACAUAAUGAAAUUCAUUACAAAUGUGGUAAGUGCCAUCAUGUAUGUUUUACCAAAGGAGAGCUUCAGAAGCACCUUCAUAUUCAUUCUGGUACUCUUCCUUUCACUUGUCAAUAUUGUAGUUACGGUGCCACCAGGAAAGACCAUCUUGUAAGACAUAUUAUAACUUUGCACAAAGAACACUUAUAUGCGAAAGAAAAACUGGAGAAAGAUAAAUAUGAAAAGAAGAUGGCAAAGACUUCAGCUGAACUUAAGCUGAUUCUGAAAAGAUAUAAAAUAGGUGCAUCAAGGAAGGCAUUCUGGAUACGUAAGAAAGUUAACAGUGGAAGUGACAGAAGUAUCGACAAAAACACUCAAGUGCUUAAUUUAAUAAACAGUGCAGAAAUGAAAUCUGAAGACCAGAGCCAUCUUGGUCAAGAGCAUUUAAAUGACGACAAAAGUGAAAGACUACAUUGUGAGAACAGUGAUAUGCCCACAGAGUCAGAGUCAGAAAAGCCAACCUUUCUGGACAGUGGACAGUAUAAUGGAGCUGAUGAGGGAUCAAAUUCUACUUCAGAUUUCUUGAAGACUGCUCUACAAGGACCAACAGUGUUAAUGGUAAAAAAUAAUAAAAUAACAGUUCCUGCUAAUUACAGUGCUAAGUUUAUGGGCUUCAGGAUGGUGGAUGGAAGACAACAUAUUGUAAUAAAAUUGUUGCCUACCGGCAAGCAGAAUUUAUAUUUACCAGCUUCACAGUCAGGUGCCGUAAAGGACAGUACUGCUAAUUUGCAGCCCCAGACUUUGGAUACCACUGGAUUUUUAACAGGAGCGACAACUGAUUUAAAUGACACGGUUUAUAUGAAAACAACUCCAUUUUCACGUUCAUCUCCCAUACUUUCAGGGAAAAAAAUUUCAGAAAAAGAAAUGGCUUUGAUAUCUGAAAGGAAUAAUAUGCUUCAAACAGUGGAUUACAAUAAAAGCGUGUCUCCUUUGCCAGCAUCAUCAGAAUUGGUUACCACAUCAGUGAGUUUGACCACAAAAGUUGAAGCAAGAGAUAUUGUUGACUUAUGGGGAAGUCGUAUCACUCAGCAUCAUCCUGAGGUAUCAAACACCAUCAAUAAAAGUCCGGAUAAAGUCAGCCAUACCACAAAAUCAAGUGUAUGCAACAGUGGAGAUAUGCAUAACUAUUGCAUUAAUUAUGUCAACUCUGAGCUACCUGCUGAGUCCUCCAACCAAGGAUCAUUACCUUUUCAUAACUACUCAAAAGUGAACAACUCUAAUAAACGCCGUAGGCUUUCAGGAACAGCACUGUGUGAAAGCUUUCAGAGAGAAUCUUCAUCCAGCAAAACAGUUGCUCAACAACCAGUUAGUGAGACAGCUCUAUCACUAGUGAGGAAGGAGAGUUCAAACCCAGAUAGCCUGUUAGCAUCUGUCAGCCUUUUAAAUGACAAAGAUGGAACUUUGAAAAUGAAAGGUGAAAUGGAAGAGCAGUGUGUUUUAGAGAAAGGGCAGAAUACUGACGGACAGAACCUCUACACUAAUGCAAACCAAAAUUUAGAGAGUGUGAAUGAAAAACCAGAAUGGAAUGACUUUUCUAAUGUUGAUUCACUUAUGAUGCCUAGGAUCACAUCUGUUUUCUCUCUCCAGAGCCAACAGGCAUCAGAAUUUUUGCCACCUGAACUAAAUCGAUUACUUCAGGAGGAAUUAAAACCAAAAUAUGAUGUAAAACAGGACUCUAAAAUUCCAGACGAAAGCCUGACGCCUCAUUGUGACCUGUCACUUCAAAAACAUGAGGGCGAAGGAACAGUAGUUGAAUCUUCAAAAGACAUCAAAGUAGAAGGUGUCUUCCCAGUUCCAUCUGGCAGUGUUGGUAGUAUCCCUACAAAUGAUCUAAAUUUAAAAUUUAAUGGAAAAAAGAAGCAAGUGCUAUCGGUUUCACAGGACGUGAGAGAUUCAGGGAAGACACCUAGAAUUUCAGGUAUUAGCACAUUACUUAAGACUCAGUCAGAUGCAAUAAUAACACAGCAGCUUGUAAAGGACAAACUACGAGCCACUACACACAAUUCAGGUACUUUAUAUAUGCAGAAUCCACCUCUGAACUCAGAACAGAAAAAAACUAUAUUUGUUCCAACACCAAAAGGUUUUUUUAUACCAUUACAUGUCGCUAACAAGCCUGGAUUCCAUGUUGUUUCAGGAAGACCACUUUCACUUGUUAAUACACAAAGAGUACCUGCUUCUCUUCUUUUAAACAAGAAACCUGGAAUUAUUCUCACAUUUAAUAAUAGGAACCCUGAAAGUGUUUCCACUGUCAAAACUGAGAGUGCACCAGCUUGUGGAAUUAUGACAAAGGAGCCUUGCAAAACCCCUUUUUUAAAGGUAGAACAGAACAGUAAUUGUCUUACACCUGCACUUUGUUCCAGCAUUGGCAGUUGUUUGAGCAUGAAAAGUAGCUCAGAAAAUACAUUGUCAUUAAAAGGCCCUUAUGUUAUUAAAACAUCAAGUUCUUCAGCAAAAGCUGUUCCUCCUUAUGUGUUAUCUGAGCAGCAGGGCACAAAGUUGAAUAUCUUGGAUUCAUUAAAACAGCAGAAUGAAAUUUUUCCAAAAUCUCCUCUUUAUACCCUUUUGCCUGAUGGCAAACAAGCUGUUUUGUUAAAGUGUGUAAUGCCAAAUAACACUGAGCUGCUUAAACCCACGUUAGUCCAAAAUAGUGCUUAUUAUCAAAAUAUACAGCCAAAGAGACCUGAGGGAACACCACAAAAAAUAUUACUGAAAAUUUUUAACCCUGUUUUAAAUGUUACUGCUGCUAAUAGUAUGCCAGUUAGCAGCUCUGUAUCCUCAUUUCAGAAAGAUGGUGUACCUUCUAAUCAGACUAUAGAGCAGAAAGAGCCCGAGUCUUCUAGAGAUGCCUUACCCUUUUUAAUAGAUGAUUUGAUGCCAGCAAAUGAAAUUGUUAUAACUUCUACUGCAAUGUGCCCAGAAUCUUCUGAGCAACCAGUAUGUAUCAGUGACCAUUCAGAGGCUAGAGUAUUAAGGUGUAAAACAAGUUGUACGACUGAGAGAAAUUUCAAUAGAAGAACUUCGAAGAGAAAUUUUUCAAAAGUGAAGAGUCACGUAAGAGCCAAAGAUUCUGAAACUGCCUUUUUAUCUAGAAACAGAAACUGUAAACGGAAGUGUAAGGAUAGUUACCAAGAACCUCCAAGAAAAAAAUCAACAUUGCAUAGAAAGUGUAAAGAAAAGGCUAAAGCUGAAGAAGGGCAUGAAACAUUUGGAUUUAGCAGACCUAGGCUUUCAAAAGAUUCAGUCAGAAUUUUGCGACUUUUCCCUUUUCGUUCCACACAGCUUGUGAAAUGUCCUAGGAAAAACCAACCCGUUGUGGUUUUGAACCAUCCUGAUGCAGAUACACCAGAAGUAGCAAAUGUAAUGAAAACUGUCGCCAAAUUUAAUGGACACAUAGUUAAGGUUUCAUUGUCAAAAAGAACUGUAAGUGCUUUACAAGAACCAGUUUGUUAUAACCCUUCUAAAACAACUUAUGAUGGUUUUUCCAAGAGGCAUAAAACAUUUAAACCUGUUAGUUCUGUGAAAGAAAGAUUUGUGCUCAAACUAACGCUCAAAAAGACAAGCAAAAACAAUUACCAGAUUGUAAAAACUACCUCUGAAAAUGUUUUGAAAGCUAGGUUUAACUGUUGGUUUUGUGGUAAAGUAUUUGACAAUCAGGAUACUUGGGCUGGUCAUGGGCAGAGACAUUUAAUGGAAGCUACUCGGGAUUGGAAUGUGUUAGAAUAGUUUACCAAAAUUAUCAAGGAGAAGUAAAAUUAGAAGAAAACUGGGUUAUCAUGAUGUGAGCAUUUUCUACUCAUAGUUCCUGCAAUAUUUUUAAAGUUAUAUUUCCAUGGAAGAGCAAAAGCUUUAUGUGUGGUACUUGAAAAUGCCAUCACUGCACACAUAAGUUGAAAAAAACUAAUCCGCACAGAUGUAUCUUGUUUUAAUUUCUUUUUUUUUGGUACCGAAGAUCGAACUCGGGACCUUGCGCUUGUGAGGCGGGCAGCAGAACCAUUGAGCUAAAUCCCUGGCCCUUGUUUUAAUUUCUUAAAGAUGUGUUUGUGGGAAGUUACGGUUAAAGAGAAUUAUGAUCAGUUUUUCCAGUUUACUUCUUUAGACACUGUUAGUACAGGUAAUGGCAGACAGCUUCAUUCCCACUCUUCUUCCACUAGCCUUAAGAAUCUGAUAAAUACAGCUCCUCUGAAGAUAACUCUUUCACAAUGUAAACUGAAUGAGUUUCUCAUCACUUGUAAAGAUAACAGCCUGAGUAAAGAAGUUAAUCUAUGUUGCUAAUAAAUUCAGUUCAUUUGAAGGGUAUUAGACUCCUUUGAAAAGUACUUUUAACUCACUAUAGUUAUAUCUUAAUACUUGAAGAAUUUGGGGCAAGUAAAUCUUGUUUCUUCUUAUGCUGUGUCCCAGGUCAGAGAUUAGAACACCUAAGGUGAUUUUCUUUUUCUGAAUGACUGUGUUGCAGUAGAUGGGCAGCCUCAAGAGAAACAUUAAAGUCUGUUUAGUUUUAAAAUCCAGUUAGUAAUUUUCAGCAUGUUUGCAAAUUGGAUAUUUUUCAGUAAUACCUUUUCAUGGAACUAUGCCUAUCUGAUUUAAAUUUUUUCCCAGUAAACCAAACGGGCGUCUUUUUUUGUGAUUGCCAUCCCUUUUAAAACCAUGGAACACAGAAGCACUUAAAAGGGAAUGGAUUCUCUUGAAAAUCAAACUUUUUGUUUUUUUGUUUUGUUUUUUUGGUAACGGGGAUCGAACUCAUAUUCUUGCGCUUACGCAGCAGGCAGCGAAACCACUGAGCUAAAUCCCCAGCCAAAAAUCAAAGUUUUUACACAAUAAUUUGAAGGAAGAUUAACAAAGUAGGUCACGUAUUUGUGUGUUUAAUUACUAUUAUUAUUUAAACAUGUCUAAAUUAGGACAACCUUUUUUUGGCUGCGUGUAUGUGUUUUUGUUUUUAACUUGAACUUGCUAUGUAGUGCAGGCUGUACUUGAACUUGCUGUUUCCUUCUUCUGCCUCCUGAUUGAUGGGAUUACAGACACAUGCCACCAAGCUCAGCUAGACAAACCACUUUUGUUACAACUUUUCAGUAUAACUGACAGCCCAGAGCAGGUACUUGCUGAUUGUUGAUGUUUGAAAGUGGGAAAGCAUUAACAGUGGACGCAGUGGCGUUUCAUAAAACUUUAGGACAGAUUACUGAGGGACAUGUCUGCCAGAGUUUCAAAAUGAACAUUUUCAUGACAAUAGUCAGCAGAUUUACACUUUUCACCUUGUAGACUUGUAUCAAGUUUUGUUAGAUCAUUGGAUAAUGAAGUUCUUAUAUUACAAAAUUAUGUGCUAUAUAAUUUUUUGUUACAUUGUUAAUAUAAGUGUUAAUAUUUUCAUUAAUUGGAUGAAAACUUCAGGGCUUUUUUUCUGUAUAUAACAAAAAUCUGUACAUAAUUUUUGUACUUUGUUAUGUAAAUUUGCACAAAGUUUUUGACAAAAAUUGUUUUUCUUUUAGUUUAGUUCUGUGCAUGCACUAAUAAAACUAGUUGUUUAAUUUAAAAAGAAUAUAUGUACAAGACUAUUCAUGUUAUUCUCUUGGUGUUUAUUUCAGGUGUAGAUUUUUUUAAGUAAAUUGAUUUUUCAGGGAUUGAACACUAUUGUUAGCAAGUGCCUAAAAAGGAUGUGAAACAGUUUACAUACGUCAACUGUAACAGUAGGUCCCAAAUGGGCCCAUUCCCCUAAUAGUUUUAUUUUAAAGAAAGCCAUACAUAGAUGCUUCAAGCUAUCUUGCUAUGCAGAUUAUACUUGUACUGUUUUUGUGCAGUUUAUCUACUUUCUUAGUGAAGUAUUUUUUUGUAUAAAACCUGUUAAAAUUGUGUUUCUUAAUUGAGCCUAAGAAUGGAGUUAAUUGGAAAUAUAUAGUAUAUAUUAAUAAUGUAUAUCAUGUUUAAAGAAUGGUAAGCAUUGUUAACUUCAUUGUUAAUGAACAUUUUCUUCAAUUAAAGUCAAAUUUGUGUUUA